GCCUACCGGCGACUAGGAUGCUUUCGCUUUCGCUCUCGCUUUCCAAUACUAGGGACUGGGGAAACCGGGAGAAUAGAAGCAGGCAAGGACCGCCGUGGGCACGGGGUGUCCCCAGCGCAGCCAAUCGGCUUCCGAAGUAGGUGAGUUGCUGCCUGAAGAGAAAAGACAAACUCCAGUAUCUUUCAUUCCAUUGGCCAGACGCGCCAUUCCCCAAGUGAGUUCUGUUCUCCAACCAAAGUGCUGGAUUCCAAGGGACUGGAAGCGAAAGUCCCUAAAAAUCACGAGUUCAGGCGUCUGAGACUUGGUGGGAACGGACCUUCCUCUUAGCAAACAUCAUCUCAAGUGCGUUUUCCCAACUACGCUUCUUUCCAGGAUAAAAUACUCUAAGUGACAAACGUUGAGUACAUUAUCAGGUAUGUUCACUAUUGUGAGAACUGAAGCCAUCUACACUCACAUAGCUUGCCAACUACAUUAACCUGACUUCUUAUUCCAUUAUUUUCAUCAACAUACAUUUACUAUUUCAAGAAACUUUGCCAGGGACCGGAAAGUUGCAAAUAUCUUUAUUGCUUAAUCCAGUAUCUUCUUCAAAGAUCCAACCACUCUUCAAUGGAAAACAUCAAAGAACAGUUUACAUUCUAAGACUUUGAACCUUUACCUCAAAAUCCUAGCCUUGUUUUAUCUACCAAUCCUAAACUGUUACCCGUAGCUGACUCAAUUCUAACCAAUUCCCCUCAUUAAAUGUUAGACUUACAAUGGGACUUCAAAAUCUCAAUACAUGUAGCCCAAACUUGCUCUUCCCUCUCUGAGACACCACUUAAAUUCUGUCAAGUUAUUGUUCUCCAUUACCUAAGUGAGCAAGAAACUUAGCUUUGUCUUAUCAACAGGUUGCUUUGAUAUUACUGGGAGCCAACAUUUGACAUUCUUGGAGGCUCCAGCAAGACCUAAUCAACCUCCCAACCCUCAACUCAGAAUCAGUGUGUGCCCUGAAGUCCCUUCAACCUUCUUGAGGCUCUCCUUGAUCUCAAAGGUGGAGAAAGUAGAUCUUGCAUCAGGUUGAACUCCAGUUUCUUUUUGCUCAGUUUUUCAAGCACUGAGUUUAUUUUGUCCCUAGGCAUAAAGAAAUCUUUCUAGGAACUCCUUUGGUUAUCGGACCAGAUUUUUAAAAGCUUUUUAGGCUUGGUGAAAAAUCUGCCUUAUCACUAGCAACACUACGACUUGUCUCUGUUGUUUUUUGUUGUACUCGUGUAAAAGAAAAGUUCAAGGGAAGAGAACAGGCUCAAGUGUACUUCACACGCUGGCUCUGGGGAUUAGGAAAUUCAGAAAGUUUUGUUUCAGACUGGCAGUGCUGUCUGAUAUAAACACAGCGUCAACUACUGCACGCUGUAGCUACCUGAGGUUUAGGCCGGAAGAGGCACGGCUGAUUUAAAAGUGAAAGAAAGUAACCAAUUGGUUCGCAGACAACCUUUUCCCAAAAGGCGGGCGAUUCAAACCCCUAGCCCCACCUGCUCCGUUUCCCGCCCAGCUGGAGCUCUGGAGCCUUUGCUUCCUCAAAUACGAGCGGGACCUGCGUUGAGCGCUGGAUUCCAGGCCGAGUGCUGGCGAGGCGCGCAGUGAGUGAGCACACAGGGCGCUGGGGUGCUCCGCGGGGCGCGGUCACGGGCGCGGCCGCGGCGGGCUCGAGUCCCGGCUGGGAGGAGAAGGAGCUGGGUGUCAGGAAGCCGGGGACUGACAGCGCCACCCAUCUGGGGAGCCGGGAGGACACAGAUUUUAUUUUGGUGGUGCUGCAAGUCCGCUUGUGUGCUGGGGGGAGCGGGGCGGCGUGGUAGGAUUGGAAGAGGCUUAGAGUUGGCCUCGACCCCUGCCCUUGCCCCUGGAAAGGCAGAAAGUGGGGGUUGGGGUGCGGAGAAGCAGGAAGAGAGGGAGAGUGAAGGAGGGGAGGAAAGGGAGAGAGGAAGAGAGGGGGAAGGAGAGAGGGAAGGGAGGAGAGAUUGAGAGACAGAGAAAUUCCUAAGGGGAGCUGUCAGGUGGGCUGGACAUGGGCCCCAGGCUGCACUGCUUUAUCCCUUUGCUGUAGGAAGUCAAGCAAGUUCUUUAGGUAAGUAGAACCUUGAUGUCAAGUAUAAAACAGGGGUUGGUAUAGGAUAGCUAAGAGCACUUUAUAUUUUGAUAUAAUCUGAUUUAUCCUGGAUACUGAGAACAAUGUAGGGAGACGGAGGAUAUUGGAGUGUUUUCUUAACCUCUUGCCCCUUUCCACUGUGAUUGCUCAAGUACAUGCAAAAUUAAUGUUUCUUUCUGCCCAUUUUAUUUUCCUUUUUUUGUCUGUGUCUAUUAAUCACUCCUAAAGCACCCGGAUCCUCUCUCAAACUUCAUAGGAUGAGACAUCAUGAACAGACACAGUGAAUCCCUAGAUUUUCUUAAUAGUUGGGCAACAAGUUCUUGCAUUUAGGGAUGUUGCAACAUAGCCCAGUUCCGCAAUUGUAUAUUUUCUAUUUUUUUUCCUAGGUUCUCUGCUGUUUAAAAAGUAUCCCUGUGCUUUGAAGAUACUGCUAUAAUUUGAAAAUUUCAAAUUAGUGUUUCAGCUGAACCAUCCGUUCAUCUUCAAGCCAUCAUGAGCUGUAAGAAGCAGAGGUCACGGAAGCACUCAGUCAAUGAAAAAUGUAAUAUGAAAAUCGAGCACUAUUUUUCUCCGGUCUCUAAAGAGCAACAGAAUAAUUGCAGUACUUCUCUAAUGAGGAUGGAGUCUAGAGGAGGCCCAAGAGCCGUAACUAAUACCCAGGCUCAAAGAUUCCAUUCACCUAAGAAAAAUCCAGAAGACCAGACCAUGCCCCAAAAUAGGACAAUAUCUGUUACCUUGAAGGUAAACCACAGGAGAAACCAAGAUAUGAAACUUAAGCUCACACAUAGUGAGAAUAGUAGCUUAUAUAUGGCUCUCAACACUCUCCAGGCUGUCAGAAAAGAGAUAGAAACUCACCAAGGCCAAGAAAUGCUUGUGCGUGGCACAGAAGGAAUCAAAGAGUACAUAAACCUUGGAAUGCCCCUCAGUUGUUUCCCUGAAGGUGGCCAGGUGGUCAUUACAUUUUCCCAAAGUAAAAGUAAGCAGAAGGAAGAUAACCACGUAUUUGGCAGGCAUGACAAAGCAUCGACUGAAUGUGUCAAAUUUUACAUUCAUGCAAUUGGAAUUGGGAAGUAUAAAAGAAGGAUUGUUAAAUGUGGGAAGCUUCACAAAAAGGGGCGCAAACUCUGUGUUUAUGCUUUCAAAGGAGAAACCAUCAAGGAUGCGCUGUGCAAGGAUGGCAGAUUUCUGUCCUUUCUGGAGAAUGAUGAUUGGAAACUCAUUGAAAACAAUGACACCAUUUUAGAAAGCACCCAGCCAGUUGAUGAAUUAGAAGGCAAAUACUUUCAGGUUGAGGUUGAGAAAAGAAUGGUCCCCAGUGCAGCAGCUUCUCAGAAUCCUGAGUCAGAGAAAAGAAACACCUGUGUGUUGAGAGAACAAAUCGUGGCUCAGUACCCCAGUUUGAAAAGAGAAAGUGAAAAAAUCAUUGAAAACUUCAAGAAAAAAAUGAAAGUAAAAAAUGGGGAAACAUUAUUUAAAUUGCAUAGAACAACGUUUGGGAAAGUAACAAAAAAUUCUUCUUCGAUUAAAGUAGUGAAACUUCUUGUACGUCUCAGUGACUCAGUUGGGUACUUAUUCUGGGACAGUGCAACUACGGGUUACGCCACCUGCUUUGUUUUUAAAGGAUUGUUCAUUUUAACUUGUCGGCAUGUAAUAGAUAACAUUGUGGGAGACGGAAUAGAGCCAAGUAAGUGGGCAACCAUAAUUGGUCAAUGUGUAAGGGUGACAUUUGGUUAUGAAGAACUAAAAGACAAGGAAACAAACUACUUUUUUGUUGAACCUUGGUUUGAGAUACAUAAUGAAGAGCUUGACUAUGCUGUCCUGAAACUGAAGGAAAAUGGACAACAAGUACCUAUGGAACUAUAUAAUGGAAUUACUCCUGUGCCACUUAGUGGGUUGAUACAUAUUAUUGGCCAUCCAUAUGGAGAAAAAAAGCAGAUUGAUGCUUGUGCUGUGAUCCCUCAGGGUCAGCGAGCAAAGAAAUGUCAGGAACGUGUUCAGUCUAAAAAAGCAGAAAGUCCAGAGUAUGUCCAUAUGUAUACUCAAAGAAGUUUCCAGAAAAUAGUUCACAACCCUGAUGUGAUUACCUAUGACACUGAAUUUUUCUUUGGGGCUUCUGGCUCCCCUGUGUUUGAUUCAAAAGGUUCAUUGGUGGCCAUGCAUGCUGCUGGCUUUGCUUAUACUUACCAAAAUGAGAUUCGUAGUAUCAUUGAGUUUGGCUCUACCAUGGAAUCCAUCCUCCUUGAUAUUAAGCAAAGACAUAAACCAUGGUAUGAAGAAGUAUUUGUAAGUCAGCAGGAUGUAGAAAUGAUGAGUGAUGAGGACUUGUGAGAAUUCAGUCUACUGGAUUUAAGGGAAUGGCUUAUGGAGUUGUUAUUUCAUAGGCAUUGAUAAUGGUUUUCUAAACUCCAAAAUGGUCAUCUUAUCAAUAAUAAUAAUAUUGACCAUUUCCUAUCUGCCAGGCAUUUUUCUAAGCACAUGAAGAAAUUAGUCCUAACAACACUAUGAGAUGGUCUAUAACUUGCCCAGUUUUUUUUUUUUUUUUUUUUUUUUUUUUUUGAGACUGAGUCUCACUCUGUCGUCUGGGCUGGAGUACAGUGGUGCGAUCUCAGCUCACUGCAACUUCCACCUCCCAGGUUCAAGCGAUUCUUAUGCCUCAGUCUCCUGAGUAGCUGGGAUUACAGGCAAACGCCACCACACCCAGCUAAAUUUUUUUUUUUGUAUUUUUAGUAGAGACAGGGUUUCACCAUGUUGGUCAGGCUGGUCUCGAACUCCUGACCUCGUGAUCCACCUGCCUCGGCCUUCCAAAGUGCUGGGAUUACAAGUUUGAGCCACCGCACCUGGCUAACUUGCCCUAUUUUAAAGUCAAGCAAUGGGAAGAAUAACAAGAUUAAAUAGUAAUCAGUUUCAUGACACUAAAAGUCAUAUAGUCAUAGGGUUUUUUCAUCUUUCAUAUAUUUGCCUAAAUUCAUUUGCUACAGUGCAGGAACCAAAACUUGUUCAUCUCAUGAUUCCCUACAUCUGACAUAAGGAAAGUAAGUGCUCAGAAAAAUGUGCAGGUCAAUAAGUUGCAAAAGUUGGGGCUGCAAUUAAUGCUAACAUAAUAGCUAAAUGCUUGAUUAGAAAUGAUCUCAAAACCUUUUAGAAUUUCCAAAAUCUUCAUAUUACUGAAACUGUCGGAAUAUAUGGGUCCUGAAAUUCAGAAGAUGAUAGUCACUCUUCCCAUAUUUAUAGGCUAUUAAGGCAAGGGAUAUCUUAAACAUCAUAUUACUUUAUUUGGAUUUCUACUAUUCCAAUUAUUAAUGUUAUGUAUUUCUCAUUGUUUUACUUCUUCAUGGUAUUAUGAAGACUAUAUAGAUGAUUCAACCAAGCCUGCAAAUCUCCCUCUUGUGGAAUUCCACUGGACCCAAUCUGUUUUCCAUUGCCAUUGCAAUGCUACUAAAGCCAUACAAUAUCAAGCACCCUCCCUCUAGGUCCAGGGACUAUCACAGAAGAGGCAGGCAUGUAAGAUUUUAAGGACUGGUUUCAAGGGGUCGAGUGUAGGAAAACAGCCUGUUGCAUUGUAAGAGUGAUGUCAUCUUGAAGAGCAGCUGGCAUGAUGACUGCUGUUUGACUCCUGCAUACCAAGAUAUUCUGCAGCAAUGUCUUUAAACAGUGCCGGUAGUACAGAUAACCCCUCAUAAAGAUGCUUAUCUAACCUCCCCAGUGGUCAGGUGUUUCACAAGAAAGUCUGAGAUAUGACUAGCUACACAUGUUUUGCCAAAAAUGCUUGUUAUAUAAAGGGUACUUUUGGGAGGGUGAGUGCCGCCAUAUAGUGGCUGCUAGAAACAUUGCUUCUGUUUGUAAGUUCCUAUUAAAUGUUUCUUUCUGAGAAA